UGAGUCCACACCGGAAGUGACGUACCGGGUGGAGCCGGAAGAAGCCCCACAGCCCCUCAUCAUCUGGUUGGUGAGAAGAGCACAGGGCACUCAAGACGACCCACAGCCACACAGGAGUUCACCCCGCAAAAACACUCUCUUCUCAGCCCUGUUCCGAGAGAACACUACAGACCAGCAGGACAUGCAGGUGUCUUCACAAGGUGUUUCUUCAGGUGAGCAUCUUGAGGAGACUGGAAGAAAGAGUGAAAGCCCCAGCAGAAAGCGUAGAAGGAUAUCGCACAGUACCAUGAUAGACCUGACCGUGUCCCCGGGACCGCGGGCCGGUGGAGGGUUCGAGGCCGAGGCCAGGCCGCCCCCCAGGCACCACCACCACCACCAGCCUGACAACAGGGGUGGCAUGGGCAGGGAGAGGAAAAGUCCUGCCACCAGGAGGCGCUCCCGGGACAGGUACCCCCGUCGGCACCCGCCGCGGGACACCAGGGAGCCGGUUCGGGAGGAGCGGGAGAACCACCUGCCGCGAGAGAGACAGCAGGAGCCCCGAGCAUUCCAGCCCCCCGCCAUGUUUCCCAUGCCUCUGCACCCAGCCUUACAUUCCCACGCACCCCCCCAACCCAGCCAACAGUCUGUCCUCAUAGACAUAGACCAAGUCAGGCAUCAGAUCCAAGGUGGUAUGCCUAUCAAUGUCCCUAUGAGUGUGCCUCCUCACGUCAUCCCGGUGUGUUCGGGACACCACAUCCCUGUAUGCGGCGCCUGCAGCUCGGCCCAGCCGUGCCCGACCCUACUGUCCGCCUGUACGCUCCCCGACCAGACGUGCUCCAUGCAGAGUAGUGCGUACGUCCCGGCGUUCACCCAGAACAACCCCAUGUUCUCCGGUUGUAACCAGUACCCGGCCUCCCCGCAGGUGCUGCCCGCCUGCCACCUGCACCAGCCGCCCGUCUCUCAUUGUGCCUUGCACCUGCAGCAGCAGCUGGGCUCCAGUAUGGGCCACGCUGCGCAGCUGCCGCCCCAGCACAUGCCACCUUCCACACAGUACCUGCCACCAACAACAACAGCGCAAACAUAUGCCAGUAACGAUGUUCGCAUGGAGCCACUGCACCACUAUCAGUACCACCCGGCCUUCCACCUGCCACCCCCGCCACCAGGAAUGGUUCCUCCCCAGCCUCCCCCCAACCAGUCUCCGCCACACCUCAUGCCUGAAGAGCCGGGACUACGGAUGGACAUCGCUUAUCGUCCUAUGGAUGCUUAUCCUCGCUAUGGAAGAAUGGGCUUCCCCAGGCAGAUGACUGGCCGCAGGUGGCAGCCUGGACCGUCCCCUCCUGCCUACCAGGGCUUCUUACUGCCGUUCUUGACUAUGAUCCCCAAUGCAUCGCACUAUGGUGUGGACAUCGGCAAUGAAGAGAAUGCAGAAGAAAACUAUGAGGCAUUGCUGAAUUUGGCAGAACGUCUGGGAGAGGCCAAACCCCGGGGGAUGUCCAAAGCCAAGAUCGAGGACCUGCCAUCCUAUAGAUACAACCCCGACAACCACCAGUCACAACAAACAUUGUGUGUUGUGUGCAUGUGUGACUUCGAGAACAGGCAACUCCUCCGGGUCCUGCCAUGCAAUCACGAGUUCCAUGCCAAGUGUGUUGACAAGUGGCUGAAGAGCAAUCGAACAUGUCCCAUCUGCCGCGCCGACGCCUCGGAACUGGCCAGUCCACCCGAGUGACACGACGAGAAGCGCCAUCUAUCAGCCUUUCCACACAGCCAUGUCGUGCAAGCGGAGACUUGUCGUGGGUAGAUACCACAGGCUGCUCUCUCGCUGCCUGUACCCUUACGAAAAAACAAAAACAGCUACUAACUGUACCCAUAUGCAAUACUAUGUACUAAGGCAAGCUCGACACCCAGCCUCAGCGAGCCAAGUGUCCUCUCCGGUACACACCCAGGUGAUGAUUUAGACCUGAAUAGCGGAAACCAAUUGUUUGGUUUGCAAAGGCUUACAGAAUACAGUCAUUCUUGUGAAUCUUGUUGGACCGGUUUGUUGUAGAUUUCCAGAAGGAUUUUGAAUGGUAGGGGUCUGCUAUAUGCUAGAUUCCAUGUAUUGUGGAACAAGUAUGGAAAGCCCACAGUAGAGCGGAAACGUUGGUUUCAUUAUUCGGGCUGAGGAAAACAUUCCAUUGAUUUUCUGCAAUACUAUAUAAUUUUCUGUGAGUUAAAGAGCAUUCAUUAACGGUGUAAUAUUUAGGCACUAUAUGAUAUUAUAUAGUGGCUCCCUUGUUUUUGCAAAGGAAACAUACCUCAUUAACCCAACUAUAGGCUUUAAUGAAUUAAGUUGAAAAAUAAGGUGAGUGUAGCAUUGUCUAUGAUGAUUAAUUGUUUGUAAACAAUUGGGCUGCUUUCAUAUAAAUCUACCUAGAGUAGUGUAGGAUUUGUGUGAGAUAGGGCAAGUAUUGUUUUUUUAAUGCUUGAUGAUAUUUAGCCUUCCAUAUCAGCAUGGAUAUAUUUCAUAUGAGCGAAAAAAAUAUGAGUGUCAUAUCCUAACAAGUAAUUUGAAUGAUGCCAACUGUGCUGUCCAGUAUUACAGUCUUCUCUGGCUGCCAAUGUUCCGUGCACUUUUCACAUGUAGAAACCGACAUUAACAAACAACAAAAGAGAUGCCUUUUUUAUAACCAAGGAAUGGCUGGGUAGCUUAAUAUAUAUCUAUCUAUCUAUAAUGUAUUAUGUACAUUGACUGGUACAAAAAUAUGUCUGUCUCUCUCUCUCCAAGUUAGAAGAAAAAGUGUUUUUUCUAGAAAAUUUCCAUGGAAAAGUGGUUGGUUGUGCAAACUUUCCCAGCGGAGGGAGCACCCGGGAAUGAGCUUAAGUGUGAGUUGUGGUGAUGUCAAUGUUUUUUCAACUUAAUAAUAAAUCCUAGGCAAGUUGAAACUCUU